GGCGCCUGGGAUUUAGCAGCCGCGGUACGGUUAUACCAAGGAGGCCGGGGCCCGUGGAGACCUUGUGAAGCCUCAUCCUGGCUAAGUGAUCACUGACACACAACCCGGAGUUCGCCGGGACUAAUCAGCGUUUAUGUGGCACUUGUAAAAAUGAGGCUGAGGACGCGGAAGGGGUCUCCGCGCAGCAGUCACGGGGCAGCAGGACGGACUGCUCGUUGCAAGAGGAAGCACUCUGAGGAAGACGAGGAGGAGGAAAGUCCACUUAUCGAAGAAGACAAACUGCCUACGCAAGAAACUGGUUUACUAUCGACCAUCAAAAAUUUUAUCAAGGGCAGCACAAACAAGGAGGAUCGCGAGAACCCUGCAAAGAAGAGCAGAGUAGAACGAGACUUUGAUAACAACCUCAUCACCUCAACUCCACGAACAGGUGACAAGCCUAGCAAGCCCAUUGCACGUGUCCGGAGGAAAAGUCAAGUGAAUGGAGAAGCUACAGCUUACGAAGUAAGUCAGCACAUGAAGCAAAAUGGGAAGCUGGAGGAUUUGCCCUGCACCACAAGUCCCCCCAGGACUACCCUACUGGGGACCAUUUUUUCUCCAGUCUUCAACUUCUUCUCACCAGCAAAUAAAAAUGGCACAUCCGGAUCAGACUCACCGGGGCAAGCGGUGGAAGCCGAGGAGAUUGUAAAACAACUGGACAUGGAGAAGGUGGAUGAAUUCAGCACCAACACUGCUACAAAUGGAGCUUCUUACCCAAGUCCAGGGUCACCUGUCCGGACUACUGCUAGUAGCUGGUUAGAGGGGACUGAAGAUACUCCAGAGAGAGAAAUCCCACCUCUCACAGCCCCUGUGUCUCCUGAAAGUGGAUACUCCUCAGCACAUGCUGAAGCAGCAUAUGAAGAAGACUGGGAGGUAUUUGAUCCAUACUUCUUUAUAAAACAUGUCCCACCUUUGACUGAGGAGCAGUUGAACAGGAAGCCGGCUCUUCCUCUGAAAACCAGGAGCACACCUGAAUUCUCUCUUGUCCUUGACCUGGAUGAGACGCUGGUGCAUUGCAGCCUCAAUGAACUGGAAGAUGCUGCACUAACGUUCCCUGUGCUUUUUCAGGAUGUCAUUUACCAGGUGUAUGUCCGGUUAAGGCCUUUUUUCCGAGAGUUCCUGGAACGUAUGUCUCAAAUUUAUGAGAUAAUACUUUUUACAGCAUCAAAGAAAGUCUAUGCAGACAAAUUAUUGAAUAUAUUGGAUCCCAAAAAACGGCUGGUCAGACACAGGCUAUUCCGGGAGCACUGUGUGUGCGUCCAAGGAAACUACAUUAAGGAUCUGAACAUCCUUGGAAGGGAUCUCUCUAAAACAAUCAUCAUUGAUAAUUCACCACAAGCCUUUGCAUACCAGCUUUCAAACGGAAUUCCUAUUGAGAGUUGGUUCAUGGAUAAGAACGAUAAAGAGCUGCUGAAGCUUGUCCCUUUCCUGCAGAAGCUGGUAGAACUGAAUGAGGAUGUGCGACCUCACAUCAGAGACAGAUUUCGCUUGCACGACUGCUUACCCCCAGACUAAAGAGGACAGAAGACAGACACCUGCACGGCCCCCCGGACUAGAGAUGGCAAGAGUCAGACGCCUGCAGGGGAUGGAUAUGCAGGACCCCAGGACUAAAGCAAAACUGUACACAAAUAUAUUUGCCAUAAUCUCUGAAGGCGUGUUUAUUUACUGUCUGGAAACGGAACGGUUUUACCGUGGCGUGUUGUAAAGUCAUACACCAGGCAGCUCAUCCUAUUCCCAGGAUUUGUCACUUCUCGGACACUUUAAUGUUCACGAGCCACGGGGCACAUCCUAUCACUUGUCUACUAGCCAACUCGUCAUCAGGAAUGGCCAGUGAGAGCUUUUACCUCUCCAAUUUCAAGUCCACAUUGAUCUUUUAUUAGUCUCAAUUUACAUUAUCCAUUCCUUGUAUUUCAGUCGCUUGAGUCUGUUGUUCUUAAGUAGCCAAAAUGUUACUUUUAUUUGCAUCCUAUCGUUUUUUUUUUGUUUUUUUUUUGGCUGAUUUUAUUUUCUGCUUGCAUAAUGUAUAUUUGUUUUUUAAAACAAAAGAAAAUCUUAAAGUACAAUCCAUGUAAGCUUCAUUUAGAAAUACACAAUGUAUCUUUUAUACCUAUCUGUAAUAAUCUUAAUACACAUUUUUAAGACAAAAAAAAAAAA